UACGCAGAGACGAAGUCACAAUUUGCCAGAGAUGACCCCGCCUUUUUAGUUUUAUUAGUCGUUUGUCUAUGUGUGACCUCAGUGGUGCUCGCAUGGACAAUGGGACUAAACUUUUUGCAGGGUGUUUCCUUUAUUUUGUACGUAGUAUUUGUGGAUUGCAUAUUUGCUGGCAUCAUUGUUGCUUCGUUCUUAUGGAUGGUGACGAAUCGCUACUUACGUAGUAGUAGUAUGGAGCCAGAUAUUGAAUGGGGCUAUGCCUUUGAUGUUCAUUUAAACGCAUUCUUCCCUCCGUUAAUAAUACUUCAUUUUGUGCAAUUGUUUUUCUACGAAUGGGUUAUAAGUCAACCGUGGUUUUUCGCGCGUUUACUAGGAAACACAUUUUGGCUAUUCGCAUUGGGUUACUAUGUCUAUAUAACAUUUUUGGGCUAUAACUGUAUCCCACAUUUAAAGAACACACGUCUGAUUCUCAUCCCAUUACCCAUAAUCUUUUUAUUCUAUCUGGUGACUGUGAUCAUUGGUUGGAAUGUGACGGUUUCGUUUAUUAAUUUUUAUAAGUAUCGUGUAUACUAAAUGAUUGUAAUAAGUUACAUUUGAAUGAUUAAAAAAUUUGUUUAUUUAUAUAUAAGAAGCUUAUACUGACUACAUAUGUAAUAUAGCGUCAUUAUUAAAUACAAUAAUAGCAAUAGCAACAAGAUAAAUAAAAAUUUGAAUAUAGACCAUUAAUCCAAAA